UAAGGAUAAACUUCUGCAAAGAAUUAAAUCUUUAUAUAUAGACAUCAGACUCCAAUAUGAUGAUGUUCUUCUUGUUGUUUGGUCUUUCUCUGGCUGCUGUGGCUCCUUCAGACGGACAGGAGAUGAAGCUACUGCGUGGCGGCUGCCCCGUGUUCUGGUACAACUUUGAUGGCCGCUGCUACAAAUACGUGGCCACACUGAUGACCUGGGCUGAUGCAGAGCUGCACUGUCUGUCUCAAGGAGCAAACCUGGUGUCCGUCCACAGUCAGAGAGAAGAGAACUUUGUCAAAAGGCUGAUCAGAAACUUUGAUCCCGCUCAAGCACCUAACUGGAUUGGACUCUUUGAUGCUCAGAGGGAAGGGACAUUCUUCUGGUCUGACGGGUCUAAAUUCAACUUUAGGUACUGGAAUGCAGGAGAGCCAAACAAUUCAGGAGGAUCUGAAUCAUGUGUUCACACCAACUGGGGCCCAGCCAGGAAAUGGAACGAUAAACGGUGCACUGAGAAAUAUGCCUUUGUUUGUAAAGCUCGUCCAGCUUGUUAAUAUGUGUCCAGAAUGUGAUUCUGAAUCCACUCAGUGGUUUUAAAUGUGUUGAUUAGAAAAGAUCAAACUGAACGUGAGGAGUAAAACAGUCUGAGCAUAUCUUUUAUUUGUUUUUCUCGUAAAGUUUGAUUUUUGUUUAGCAUUCUUUAUAAACCCCCCUUUGUUUGUACAGCUUGCAGUUUGCUAAGUUUGUUAUUCCAACAUAUUGAUCAGAAAAUAUAUUGAAGUGCAUCUUUUUGUGCAAAAUUUUCUUUAGAUAAGGUUUGUAAGAUGUUUUUCUUUUUGAUAAAAUGAAAAACAUUUCAGCUUUGAAAAAAUGAAUUGAAAUAAGUUUAGAUUUUAACCAACACAAUGUGUAGAAAGACUGUAAUACCACAUUUGUGUGAGGAACCUUGCUGAGGUACAUAGAAAAUAACCAAUAAAGUUUUAAAGCAGGAAGACAAUAUUCAAGAGUUCCUCACUACUGGUUUAUGGUUGAGUACAAAACAUGAUAAAGUAACACAUUGUAAAACUAACAAAAAUACAUUGAUGGUCGGAUACACGUGUAAGUUUUAAGGCUAAAUUUUUAACAGUGAGCACCUUGGUUAGUGAAUUUGUGAAACUGAAUGAUGUUUAUUUCCAGUGUAUCAACGAAAUUUGAGGCAAAGAAAAGUGAGUUUUUAUCUAUAUGUUUGUUGAGGUCAUACUAAGUUGUUAAAAAUAAGACCCUAUUGGACCCUAUAAGACCUGAAAACC